UUUCUUCCUUUAAUCAUCAAAAGUAGCAGAGUUUGGCGAAAGCAAUCGCUCUUUGUUCUUCUUACUAUGCACAUUGAAAUUUUCAAUUCUUUUUGGUUUCUCAAGAACAGCAACGGUAAAUGGCCACUCCAAAACAGCCCUUCUUCAACUUCAACAUAUUAAUCUUGUUUCUAUUCCUUGAACCAUUGCAAGUUCAUUCUGUAUGCAGAAAUUUCUGCAACAACAUUCCUAUAAAAUACCCUUUUGGUGUAGACGACGGCUGCGGUGCUCCACAGUUCCGGCACAUGCUGAAUUGCACGACCGACCUUUUUUUCAUCACCCCGUCCGGAAAUUACAAGGUGCAGUCGAUAGACUACAACAAAAAAUCCAUGGUCAUUUUCGAUCCAGCCAUGUCUACUUGCUCAAUAUUACAACCACAUCAUGACUUUGUAAUGACAGAUAUUCAAUCUGUCACUAUCCCUCCUUCGCCCGAUACCAUAUUUGUUCUCCUGAAUUGCUCCAUUGAUUCACCUGUGCUGAACCAUUACAAGUCCCUUUGCUUCAACUUUUCAGGCCAUUCUUGUGACGAACUCUACGGCUCGUGUACUGCUUUCAAAUUGUUUCAUCUUCUGUCGAAUAGCACUCCUCCGUGCUGUUUUACAUCGUACAAUACGGUGAAGUUCAUGAGCAUGAAUAUAUUGGAUUGCUCGCAUUACACUAGUGUGUACAAUGUGGAUAGUUUGAAGGGUGUUGGACCGUUAGAUUGGCUUUACGGAAUUAAACUGUCGUAUAGCGUCCCGGACACUGGUUGUGAUCGAUGUGUGAAAACCGGUGGGAUGUGCGGUUUUGAUGUCGAAACUGAAGGGAUGGUCUGCAUUUGCUCAGCCUCCAACAACUCUACUAUACAGUGUGGUGCAGGGAUUGGUAUGAACACAGGCAUGAGUCUCAGACAAUCCUCAUUGCUACUUGAGUCUUUUAUGGUUAUUGUACUCGUUUUUCAUUUAACUUUAUUGUGAGCCUAUGGAAUUUUGAUCAGAAUUAUCUACACUUCUUUGUUUUAACUCCUACACGCUGCAAAACACUUACUAGUUCUAAGAAUAAAAAGUAGUCUAGACAGUCACUGAACAUGUUUUUCUAAUCCCAGAGGCCCACAAAUUAUGUUGACAAAAAUGUUUUUAUUCUGACACACAACAAAAUCAAAUCCUCGAUAUUCCACGCAGGGCGGAUCUAGGCACGGGCUAGCCCGAACUACAGCCGUGCUCGCCCUAGCCCAAAUCCACUAAGUUCUUAAUUUUUAUUUUUUUUAACCUGAGCCCAUAUCUAUUUAAUCAUCAUCCCGUGUCCAACCAAAACAAUAUUAGCCCAACUACUUAAGCCCAAAUCAAAGUUUACGACCCCCCAAAAAAAGAGAGAAUUAUUGGCUCAAAGCUCCAAAUCCAUACCUAAUAUCCAUCUAAUCUCCCUCUACACGCUACAACCCCGUGAUCCAAUUUCUUUCAACGUUUCAAUCUCCAACUCGCCUCUCUCAUUCCCCCGUAAAGCUUCUGAAAAAUUAAGGAAAAAUCCCCUUACCUCAACUGUAGCUGGCACUGGAAUGGGGUUAAAUUGUUCAAGUCUUGGAGGAUUGACUGAUGUUCCACUGGAAUUCUAAAGUCUGAAUAUUUUUAAGGUUCUGGGUUCCAAAUAUAACGGAAAUGGGAAAACCAGAAUGGGAAUUUGGACCUUUGGUUGGGUGGGUAAAUAAACAAAUGUAAUUAGCUAUAUACCUUCUUUGUAUAUCUUAAGCAGCAUUGUGUUGUUUUUGAAAUAAAAGUUAAUAUAUUUUGAA